UUCGCGUGGGGAUAGUAUGAUACAGUUAGUGCGCUAAUCGCUCUAUAAAUAAUGAUAGAUAAUUCUGAGUAACUCCAAAAACUGGAUUCUAUCAAAACAACAAAUUCGCAUUAUUAUUAAUUAUUAAUAACAUAAUUCUUGAACUACACGAAUGCAAUCCGCGGAAUCAUCACAGAAAGCAUACGAAGAAGAUGAAAGAGAGGAGAGAGAGGAAAUAGCAAGUUUGGUCUCUAAGCUACCAGUUCUAAAUGACUUAUUUCAAUUGCAUUUUAAGAUUGGAGAGGGCACGUUUAGCUCUGUUUUUCUUGCUACAUUGAAGACGUCCGAAGGGGUAAAGAAAUUUGCUGUAAAGCACUUAGUACCUACUUGUCAUGUUGGGAGAGUCGAACGUGAAUUGAAAUGUUUACAAAAUAUUGGAGGUACGGAUCAUAUUGUUGGUUUAGAAUUAUGCUUACGAAAUGCUGGAUCCAUCGUCUUCAUUAUGCCUUAUUUAAAACAUGAUAGGUUUUCAGAAUAUGUGUAUGAUAUGGAUGUAUACGAAACUAGGGAUUAUAUGAAAGCACUACUGACAGCAUUACGUAGAGUUCAUAAGUUUGGUAUAAUUCAUCGAGAUGUCAAGCCCAGCAACUUCCUAUAUGAUCGUUGCAAUAGAAGAUAUUUGUUAGUUGAUUUUGGAUUAGCACAACAGUACAAUGUAGAGAAUAAAUCCAGCAGUGACUUGAAGGUAGAAGUAUCAGAAAAUCAGACUUCCAAAAGAAAAAGGUCCGAUGAGAAUACAGUCAGAGAACCUGUUGAAGUGACAAAAAGAUCAACAGAAGGGAAGUGUGUUUGUUUUGGAAAGCCUAAGAUUUGUUCGCUUUGUAUAGUGAGACCACCACAAACUGCACCGCGUGCUGGCACGCCAGGUUUCAGAGCACCCGAAGUAUUGCUUAAAUAUCUAUUUCAAACCCCAGCGAUUGAUAUUUGGGCAAGCGGUGUGAUGAUGUUGAGUAUUCUUAGCGGCACUCAACCCUUUUUCCGUGCGUCCGAUGACUGUACAGCUUUAGCAGAAAUAACUACUUUAUUUGGUUCCAAUAGAAUUCAACAAUGUGCUCGAAAACUAGGAAAAAAGAUUAAUUUUAGUGAAAAUAUACCAGAAGUUGAUUUUGUUACACUUUGCCAAAAAUUACGAAAACGAAUAAAAGGGAAAGCUACAAACGUUCUCGAUAACGCGGGCAAGGCACCUCAAGAUUUAAAUUAUCCAACACCGGCGUAUGAUUUAUUGGUCAGACUUCUAGAGCCAGAUUAUAAGAGGAGGAUAACGGCUGAAGAGGCCUUAAAUCAUCCAUUUUUUAAUUCUUAACACAGAUGCAAUCGAAUAGGGUUUGUUUUCGAACCACAAUCAGUAAAGAAAUAAUAUAAUAUGAAGAAUAUAUUUUAUUAGCACUACGGUAAAAUACGUAGCCAUACAUUAUAAAUUAUAAAUAACUGCAUUAUUUUGGCACAAUCAAUUGAAGCCAUAUUAAGAAAAAAAUAUACAAUAGACUAUAUUAAAAAUCAAAGUAUGUCGAUGCGAAUACAGAAUUCGAUAAGGCACUUGACUUACUAAACAGUCAUGGUUCUAAUACUGUAAAUAUAAAAAUUGUGUAUAUAUAUAUAUAUUAGUUGCAAUAAAUGUUCAAUCAGUCUAUAACACACGA